AUGGGGACAAAUAUCGUCCCAACGCCGACGUGGAUGUGGCGCAUUACUGCACUAUCCAAUACGAAGAUAGUCAUAACCAACAAUGAGGUAUCCAAUGCGCCUUAUCCGCCGCACGGCUCUCCCGCCGGUGAGGCUGAGGAGAUCAGGUUGUUCAACGGUAAGAAGGAAGACGUUUUUGUGCAAUUUUCUGUACCAACCACAGUCACAGAUGUGGUCCAAAUUGGCGACUACUCUAGCGUAGAUCACUAUAAGCCUGGCCAUCAAAAUGGUGGCCUCAAACUGGGCUCACUGCCGCGUUACUUAGUUUAUUUUUUAUUGUUG